CUUUCUUGCAAGUCUUCUCCAAAAGACCAUUAUGAAGAAUCAAUAUCCACCUAAUUAAAUAUUAGUUCCUCUUCUCCAAUCAAUUCUUCAACUUGUAGCUCUUAGUUUCUCACUUUACUACACUUAAUACACUUCACCUCACUAAUUUAAAAUCAUCACCACUUUUACUUUAAACAAAAAUACCAGUCUCUGUUUCUUCAAUUUCUCAUCAAUAACAAGAUUACAUCAAAAAAACCAUGAAAAAAAUCCAAGAACCACCCACAAUCUUAAUCCUCACACUGCUCCCUCUACUAAUCUUGUUAUCCACAGCAACCAAAUCUGAGUCAAGAACCCUCCAACAAACCUGCUCAUCAUCAUGUGGAGACAUCAAAAUCAGCCACCCAUUUCGCCUAAACACUGAUCCACCAUCUUGUGGCGAUCCAGACUACGAAAUUUCAUGCAACAGCAACAAACCCAUCAUACAGUUCCAUUCAGGGAAGUACUUAGUGUUACAAAUUUCUUAUGAAAAACAUGUAAUUCGGUUGGUUGAUGUUAACUUAGCCAAUGGAAGCUGUAAUCUUCCUUAUGUGUCGGUUUCAGUUGAGGAAAUGAGCGGUGAUAGUCGUUAUAUAGGAUUAGUUUCGAGUACUUUUACGAGUUUUGUUAAUUGUUCGAGUAAAUUUAAUGAUCAAGCUUAUAGGGAAGUUCCUUGUGUGAGUGGUAAUGGGUCUUUUGUUUAUGUUAGUUAUAGUACUUAUGUAAUUUCUGAUCUUGGAGGCUCUUGUUCUUUUGUUUCUAGGGUUCCUAGUGUUUAUCAGAAUGUUUUGUACCCUUCGUAUGGAAGUAUUUUGCAGUUGAUGGCUUUAGGGUUUGAUCUUGAAUGGUCCGUCGAGUGCCGGGAUUGUUUGGCAGAUGGUGGUUUUUGUAGUUUGAGCUCGAUGGGUUCGCCUAAUGUGUAUCAGUGUCGUUAUUAUUCAGGAAUUUAUGUACCUGUUGUAAUCACACUUAUCCUUGGUGCUAUUUGGAAUGUUUUGUUAGGAAUUAAUUUAAUUGCAAGAUUCGUGCUUGCUCCGAUAGUCAUAAUUGGAUUUCUGGUUCAUAAACAUAAAACGCAGAAGAAGAUGGAUGGUAACACGGAGAUUGUCUUAUCCAAUGAACGAUCCUUGGAGCCCAGAAGGUACUCCUACUCUGAUAUUAUUGCAAUUACUAAUAAUUUUAAAGAUAGAUUAGGGAAAGGUGGCUUUGGGAUAGUGUAUAAGGGACAGCUUCCUGAUGGUCUUUUAGUUGCUGUUAAAAUGCUUAAUGACUCCAAGUUCAAUGAUGAGGACUUCAUCAAUGAAGUCUCCACAAUCGGUAAAAUUCGUCAUGUCAAUGUAGUCCAAUUAGUCGGGUUUUGUUCUGAGGGGUCAUACCGUGCUCUUCUUAUUGAGUAUAUGGCUGGUGGAUCUCUUGAUAAGUAUAUACUACAAAGAGGAGCAGAAAUCCAGCCAUUGAGUUGGGAAAAUCUCCUUCGAAUUGCUAUAGGGACAGCGCGAGGGAUUGAGCAUCUACAUGUGGGGUGUGAAGUAUGCAUUUUGCAUUUCGAUAUCAAGCCUCAUAAUGUCUUGCUAGACCAUCAUCUCGUCCCGAAAGUUUCCGAUUUCAGUCUCGCAAAAUUUUACCCUAAGGAAGACGAUUUUGUGUCUAUUAGUACUACAAGAGGAACUAUGGGGUAUAUCGCUCCCGAAUUGCUUUCGAAGAGCCUUGGAGAUGUUUCAUGCAAAUCAGAUGUCUAUAGUUUUGGAAUGUUGUUAUUGGAAAUUGUUCGAGGAAGAAGCAGAAAUAACGCAAUAGGAAAUUCUUCGGGCAAAGUGUAUUUCCCUUCGUGGGUUUAUGACCAGCUAAAUGAGGGAAGAAACUUAGAGCUUGAGAAUGUUAGUGAAACCGAGGCUGCAAUAGCAAAGAAAUUAUGUAUAGUUGGGCUGUUGUGCAUUCAAAAGAAUUCUUCAGAUCGUCCAUUGAUGACUCGAGUGGUGGAAAUGUUAGAAGGGAGCAUUGUUAAUCUGCAACUGCCUCCUAGUUCACUGUCUUUUCCUGAUCAUGUUGCUGGAGAAGGGCCAGAGUCGGAUUCUUUGACAGAGUUGUUAAUAUCGGAGACGGCGGAGCAAAGCUAAAUUAGAAGUAAUAAUUAGUUUUCUUGUACAUUUGCUUCAGCCUUCAACAGAGUUGUUCAUACCGAGUCUGCGUGAUUAGGUUGCAAUUUUUCUCUGUUUCAGAGUCUUGAAUGUUUUAUCUUUUAAUAUGUAGAAUGCCACAUCUGCAUAAAUUCAUAAAAUUUAUCUUUUAGAAUUA